GCUGGUAAAACUCGGCGGUGAGAAAUGCUGUUCGACCCAAAGAUGCAUGCAGCAUGCAGCAUGCAGCAUAACAUGCUAGUGUAGUAGAUCCAUCUCCCGAGUCUAGGAGAGAGUGGGGGUUCCAUUAGACGAAGAGACACUAUUCUCUCUUUUCCGCUUACACGUAGUUACUCACUCAUUCAAGGGAGACGUAUACGUAUACAUAUGUCUCGUGCCCUCCUCGAAAUCUUACUCCCUCCUCCCCUUGUUUCCUCAGUUAUCUCCGUAUUCCGAGGCUUAAAUAAGAACCCUCUACCCACCGCAGCGGGAGGAAGACGUUUUCUAGAAAGACUAUAUAGUUAUAACAUAUCCGACUACCACUUAUACUCUCACUCAUUAUUAUAUAUUAUAUAGCAGAUAGUCUCAAUUAUCAAAACGUCCGACUGUUGUCUCUACCCCCUUCUACUUUGUACAGAACUAUUAUCAACCUACCUGAGAUAUAUCUAUUUACAUUGUCACCAUGUCCGGUACUUGGGAAGCACUCAUGCACAUGAUGCGAAGCCGCGUCUCGUUCUUCGAAGACUCCACGCCAGCCUCAGCGCAGUCCCCGGCGAAGGGAUGGGGGGUAUCCAAGCAGCCGUCCGAGGCCGCCAACAGCUACUUUCCCGAGCGAACGCCGUCACCUGCAUCAUCUGUCUCGGAGGCGGAAGACGACGGUCCCACGCCCGUCACCAAAGCGAAUCGCAUGAUCGGUGCCGAAUAUCCCAUCCCGCCGUUGGAGCGGGAAUACAGCCGCCCGACCGAGGAGCUCGACGUCGCGCAGCAGCUGGCCAAGAAGCCGCUGCCGCGAUCGCUACACAGCUCCCUCCAGCGCGCGGCCUCCAGGACUGCGCAGAGGCCCGUAGACGACGAGGAGACGCGACGGCAGAAGCUCGCUGCCGCCAAGAAGGAGAUACUCGCCCUGGCCGGCCAGGUCUAAUUACGGGUCGGGUACCAGUCUAGAAGCUUUGGAAUUUUAUACGUGGGUUGGGAUAUCGUCUAGAGUGGAUAGAGUGGAGAAAGGAGAGGGAAAGGUAGGGGAGGGGAAAUACUAUGGCAAACCGACAUCGCAAUUGGGCGAGCUUCCCUUUGUAUGCAUUAUACCCAGGGAUCGGUGCGUAUUGGAUACGCUUAUUGUUUCGAAAUGUUUUAAACCGGCGUACUGUUAGGACAGCGGAGAUUGAGGGCAAAUUGUACUAGGAUUCCUAGCAAUUUGGAGCUCGUGCUUUUUUUUAUAUUAUUUACGGAAGGACUGGAACUUGUUCGGUAGUUGGAUACCU